AUGAGUUGCCUCAUUUCGCGCCUGGCGCUGCUUGCUCCAGUUGCUCUAUCGUUAAUCCAGCCUGCUGGCGCAUUGCCUAAAGCCCGCGACGCACCCACAAUUCCACAAUAUGUGAUCGACUACGCACCCCUGGUAUGGCUGCACAGCCAGGACCCCUACCGACCCAGCGACCUCCAGCAACAACUCGACCAUACCACAGCACAGGUCAAAUGGAAAGAAGUCGACGGAGCACCUUCUCCUCUGACACUAGACAAUCUCGACAAACUCAAUGAUAUAGGCAACACUAGUGUUUAUUUGACUUCGCACGAAGGCAUCGAUAUCAGCCCUGAGCCGGACUGGUUCCACGGGAUCACGCCGACAGCGCAGGGCGUCACCGAGAAGGGGACGGGGUCUGCGAUUAUUGUGGUGGAUCAUGGCAAGGGGGAUGUCGAUGCUUUUUAUUUCUACUUCUAUGCAUAUAACAAGGGCAACACGGUUUUGGGCAUGGAGUUUGGCGACCACAUGGGAGACUGGGAACACAAUAUGAUCCGCUUCUCCAGCGGCUCGCCCCAAGCCAUCUGGUACAGCCAGCACGCCAGCGGACAGGCAUUCACGUACGAUGCAGCAGAAAAGAAGGGCAAGCGGCCGUACGCCUACUCGGGAAACGGCACGCACGCCAACUACGCGAUAGCAGGAAAACACGACCACACCAUUCCAGGCGUCAACCUCCCCGACGGACCCCUGGUCGACUACUCAGAUCGCGGCCUCCUGUGGGACCCCACCGCCAAUGCCUACACCUACACGUACGAUCCAGCAACCGCCAAGUUCGCGGCGGGCAAACCCGAUACCCCGGUUGGUUGGCUCAAUUUCAAUGGGCAGUGGGGCGACGACCAGCCGCCUAACGAGCCAUCGAUCUUCGGGCAGGCCAAGUAUGUGGCGGGGCCCAAUGGGCCGAAAUUCAAACAUCUGGAUCGCAAGGAGGUGUGUCCGUCGUCGCCGUGUGUUGUGUUGCCGUUUAGGAUCUGGGCGGAGAAGAACUCGACGGCGUGA